AUGGAAAUAUCUUCGACUCGAAUUUCNAGACAAAACAUGAAGUAUAUUUUAGCAUGUCGUUCACAACAAUGUGGCAUGCUAACAUUUCCAAUAAUGUGUUCGUUUAUUGAAAAACAUGUUUUUACCGUUUCCGAUCAAAUUAUGAUUGAUGCAGCACGAUUUGCAUUUGAACAUUUGAAAUUAGUUACAGAAAUGUCUGCAGGUUUAUCACUUGGCGCAUUACUUUCGCAAUAUCAACAACUUGAUGCAAAUAUUCGUAAUAUAGCAAUUAUUAUCAGUGGCGGUAACGUCGAUCCAAACGAUCUGUUAUUAUGGCACCAAAAACAAUAA